AUGUUAUCCCUACUAGUCCUCUCGGGGCUUGCGAGCGUUGGUGUCGCCGCCGUGAACGUCUCCAUACCGCUCUCUCCGCCAGAAAACUCACAACCUUUGUCGCCCACCCUAGUCUCCUUCUCACUUGAGCAAGAUCGAUGGCCCGACUGGGUCGGCAUCGACUCCCGCAACGACUUCACACACCACGCCCUCGUCCGCCUCGCGUCCCUCACCGGCGUGCCCACGAAGAUUCGCGUUGGCGCAAACUCAGAAGACCACACCUUCUGGUCGCCGACGGUGACUGUGAACGAAGAUGAGUUCCCUCCCGCGGACACGAUCACCCCCUACCCCGAGGCGACGAAGAUCACGGUAGGCGACAAGUACUACACCCUCUCCCGCUGGCUACCCCGCGGCACGCAUAUGACCUGGGGCGUCAACCUCGGCGCCGACAACGCUACCAACGCCGCGAACAUGGCCGCGUCUAUCGUCAAAGCGUUCAAGAGCGCUGUUGUCAAAGCUUCGGGUGUAGUCCUUGACUAUAUCGAGAUCGGGAAUGAGGCAGAUCUGUACAAGAACAACGGCCUGCGGCCGAAGAAUUGGACCGUCGAGGAGUACGUCCAAGACUGGAUCUCCAUCGCAGGCCCGGUUGCCGAGGCAGCGGGCAUCCAGGACACGCGUGGGGCCGUGUCUUUGCAAGGUGCUGCGUUCGCCGGUCAGGGGUUCACACCGCGCGAGAUAUUUGCGCUCGGUAUCUUGGACAGCACUCCCGGGAAAGCGAUCUCCAUCAUCUCGCAGCACCAGUACUCGGCCGCGUUCUGCAACGGAGGCGACUUUCCACUCACGUCGUUCAUGAACAAGACGUAUGUGCGCGGAAACUUGACACACUUUAUCCCCGAUAUCGCGGCCGCGACAGAGCAAGGCUUCCCGUACAUCCUCGGAGAAACCAACAGUAUUGCGUGCCACGGGGCUCCCGGCGUCAGUAAUACAGCCGGUGCGGCGCUCUGGACGAUCGACUACACUCUCCAAGCCGCCACUCUCGGCAUCGCUGAGCUCUUCUUCCACGAGGGCAUCGGCUUCAAGUACAAUUUUAUCCAGCCCAUCGCGCUCAACAGGUCGACCAUCGACGGCUCCCCGCUCGAUCCACCGCAGCCGCCACACGUCCAGCCUCUGUUCUACGGAGGUCUAGUGCUCAACACCCUCGUUGGCCGCAUUGGCCACUCGCGCAUCGUGGAGCUCGACGUCGGCGACGACAACGUCUCGGGCUACGCCGCGUACGAGCGCGGGCGCGUCGUCCGCGCCGUGUUCGUCAACCUCCACGCCUGGCUCGCGUCCACGGCCGGAGAGCGCCCGAGCGUCCACAUCGACCUGGGUUUCGCGCGGGGCACGGGCGCGGCGGAGGACGCAUUUUGGAGCGGGGGGCGGGAGGCGCGCGCGAGGCGGCUGGUCGUCGAGCAUGCGGACGACGUCGCGAACCUGACGUGGGCGGGGCGGAGCUUCGAGCGGAGCAGCGACGUGUCGCCGACGGGCUCGAAGGACGAGGAGAGGAUCGUGCUGAGCCAGGGGCUGGAUCUGCGCUCGACCGAGGCAGUCUUGCUGGUGUUCUGA